UAUCUGUCCUUCAUGCAGGCGGGAUUUAUGCCUUCCCGCCUAUUAUGGUCAGAUUUAUUAUUGCUCGGGCGGGAAGGUCUGCCUCACUGUCAAGACUUUGUAGUCGGUUUCCGUACUUCAGAAAUUCACCCAUAAAGGAGAAAUUUUGCACUUCACUUGUUUCAGUUUCACCGAUGACAUCUGAUGCGGAAUUUGCGUCACUGUUAUCAUGCUGUGUGAAAGUAGAACCACUGAGUUCCCUUCCUGUUGAAUACGCUUCGGUGAUUACGAGACCGUGCUCAAUAGUAUGUGAAGUUACUCCUCUUAGUAAUUCAGAAAGUGUACAAAAAGACAUAAAUGAGAAUGAUAUGAUAAGUGCUGAGUGCCAAAUCGCUCUACCAGCUUUACCGCUUUCACUUGAAGAUUAUACGUCUCCUGCUCCUAGUCUUGUGCGUGAUGAUAUCUCACUGUAUGUAUUAUCACAAUAAUUCCCAUUUUCAUUUAGGUAUACUUCGAUCAUAGGAGGCCGAACAAUUUGGUGAAUCUUGAAGUAAGUGAAAGUGGUAUCUUGUAAUACUUGUCUGUGACAACUGGUAAACUGAUCAUGUGCUUCUGCUGCAGUUAAACUUCGCUGUGCUUUGCUUUGAUAAAAAUACAAAUUAAUGUUGAUAUGUUACGCUUUACGGGAAAUAUCAUGCUCUGAGUUUUCCAAAUAAAAUGGCACCACUUAGUAAUGCGCCUGUUGUGGAGCUUUCAUUGCAACUUUUUGUCACAUUUGAGGCUAUUUGUAAUACCUAAUGUAUAGUCAACCUAGUGAUAACGUUUCUCAGACGUCACCUCGUUGAUGAUAGAUGCCUCCUUAAUCGUUUGAGCAGAAGGUUGCAUUUCUCUUGAUACUUAUAAUUAACACUUUUUUUGCUGUAUAUCAAAUCAACAAACCUUCCCGCUGCUUAUUCGUGCAGCACAUAUAACUAUUGCGUGUUACUUUGGACUAUGGUGAGGACUUAUAAUAUUGUCUAUGGUCUAACAUUGCUUGUAGCACUUGACUUAUGAUCAAUGGAUUCGAAUGGAGUCUUUUCUCAAUAUGUGGAAUGUCAGUAUAAUUGAAUUAGCAUAUUCUGUUUAUUGCAUUCACUGUAUUCUUACACUAGUUACGUUUACAGUUAGAUAAUCACUGUGUACUGCUUCUUUUAACUUCUCAAAAUAUUUGAUAAUUUUGUCUGUAAUGUCCAUGGUAAUCUCAAAACAGAAUGCACUCAAACAGUUUUUACGCCAGUUUUCUUUAAUCUUCAAGUUACUUUUGUGUAAUUUGCAUGUUUUAAUUAUUUGAAUUUAUUUUGUAGGCCGUGAAUAAAACUGGCUGUAGUAUUCCUCUGCACGUGAUGGCCAAAACGAACUACCUGUAAUGCCUUUCUUCUGUCUGUUUCUAGUUAUUUUCCUUGUUGGUUUGAUUUUUGUAAAUAAAUGCUUUUGGAUUUA